AGUUUCAUAGCCGAGGAUCACAAUGAGGCUGUCUACAUUAUAUAUAUUCAUCCUGCUAAUUACAGUGGAGUGUUUAAUCCUUAGUGAAACCGCACCCAUUGGUGAUCAUCCGAAUCAUGCCGGUUGUGUACGGAUUACGAUAAUCAAGCGACCUUUGACCACGACAACAACGACAACUACAACAACCACUACGACCACAACAACUACGGCAGCAACUACAGUGGCAGCUGGUUAGAAAGGAAAAAUUACUUCAAAUUGAUAUAAUUAAAUACAGAAGAUAUGAUUCUUUCUAUAAUUCUUAAAGUAAACCACGGCUAAGCUAAAAACUUUGUGUUAUUUCUUAAAUUAAAUAACAGAUUAACAUCUACUAUGAUGAUACGUAGUGGUAAUCCAAAAUAUACAAUCAGUUAAUAAAAUUAAUAUACAUAAAAUAACCAAGCCUUUUGUUAAACAGAAAGGGGUACAACAUUCCACUCCACCAUAACGUCGUAUGGUAAUCUUCUGUGAACCCUUUUGUAAUCACUUCUGUAAGCCCGUAUACACCACACUAUCAAAAUAAAAGGCAUCCGAAAUCAUUGCACAGUAGACAGUAGAAAUGCAAUUUCAGCCACGCCCACUCCCCAAGGUGAUGUAAAAUGGGCUA